AUGGCACAGACCAGCCAUUUUCUCGAUUUUUUCCCUCUAGCGAUAGACUCGUUGGCAUUCGACCCAGGCGUAUAUUCCAGUUUAUUCUUCCAAUGCAUCCAGAUACUAUUCUCGCACCGACGAGCCAACUAUCGACUACACCUCGGCUGCAUGUUUGCGCUUUACUUUCUGUCAACCGUCCACCUUGUUCUGGCAUACACUUGGGCUUUCCUGGGGGCGACCAACAGCGCUUUCCCUAUCUAUGAAAUAUUCACGUUGAAAGAUCCACCUCCUCCGUUAUUCGGACCAACCGACGGUGUAGGAGUGCACGCUCUCGCCACUCUUCUCAAAAUACGAUGGGUUGUGGCCAAUGCUAUCGCAGACGGCGUCCUUAUCCAUCGAUGCUACGUUAUUUGGGGCUGCAGUUGGAAGGCCAUUGCGGUCCCCGUUCUUUCUUAUACUUGUACAAUCAUUGGCGGUUUCUUGGAGAUACUGCCGCUUCCACCCGCCUCUGCGCGUGCGGCACUGAUGGUGGGAUAUGGAGGCGUGUUUUUCACGAACGUGGUGGCUUCGGCGCUCACUGGUAACCUUCGCAAUACCAUCUUCUUCCACAGUUCAUUUACCCACUUAGCUGGUCGAAUUUGGUACCAGUCCCGGCAUCUCGCCAAACUCAUGGGCAGUAGUCCGCGAAGACGAUACAGCGACUUGACCGCAAUUAUACUCGAAAGUGGUCUUAUCUACCCUGCUCUUCUCAUCAUCACCAUCGUGAUCUUUCUCACACCGUCGCCCACGGUCUCGGUCUUGGUCUGCAUCGCAGUAGCAUAUCAUCUAGUGGGAAUUGCUCCCACUUUGAUCAUCGUAAGAGUUGGCCUCGGUGUGAGCAUGCAAGAUGUGCAAACGAGUGUGACCCUGGGGGUUUCUGGUGCUACGUCAAGCUCUCGACAAGGCACAAAAUCACCUGUUCUUGGUCCGCUGCGGUUUGCACUUAGUCCAGAUUUGGACGCAACAACACAUAUUCCCUUAUCGGGUUGGAAGACGCCUUGA